CAAGCUCAUCUUGUACUCACUUGACAUAGGAUCUACAACCCAUAUUUGGUCCCAUGUGUCUUAACAGGUUUCUAUAAAGUAAGCAAAGAGAAGGAGACAAUGAAAGUUUGUGGCUUUUUGUUCCUGUUGAGCUUGUUCACUCCCUGGCUUGAUGCUAAGCCUGGAAUCAAAGUGAAGAUCACACAGAAAGGUUUGGACUAUGGAAAACAGCUUGGAAUUGAUUUCCUGGAGCAAAGAAUAAAGGAACAAACCUUUGCGAAUGUGAGCGGCCAAGAGACAUAUGGAUUUGGUGGCGUUGACUACACGAUUUCAGAGAUAAAAGUUGAUGCUGUUGAAUUCUCAAAUGCAUCAGUGUCUCUGAUACCUGGGACUGGGAUUAACCUAGAGAUCAAGGAUGCUACAGCAACGGUCACUGCACACUGGAGAGUAAGGUCCUGGCUGUUCAGAAAUUCUGGAAAAAUGACAGUCCUCAUUUCGGGUGUAUCGCUCUCAGCUGUUCUGUCAGUGUCUCGGGACAAUGCAAGUCACCCGGUGCUGUUGCUUGAAAGCUGCGAGGCAAAAGUUGAUGCUAUUCACAUAGAACUGGAUAAAGAUGCUAGCUGGUUGUAUAAAUACUUCGUUAAUCAUCUGGAAAAGCCUACCUGUGUCAGUCUGAGCAACAAUAUGUGCCCAUUCAUCCGUUUUGAGAUCGAAAAGAUUAAUGCAGAAAUGAGAGAACACAAAGUCCAAGCCCAGAUUGAUUCUUUUGCACAAGUAGACUACUCGCUGGUGAACUCUCCGGUGAUCUCUGACACAUCUAUUAACUUUGAUAUAAAGGGAACAAUCUCCCCAGUGGGAAAUGACCUAGAGACUCCCUUCAAGCCUGAACCAUUCAAUAUCCCAGAGGAGAAUAACACCAUGCUCCAUAUAGGAAUCUCAGAAUAUUUCUUGCAGUCUGCUUCACUCGUUUAUUACGCUUCUGGGGCCUUUGAUGUCUCUAUUGCGAAGGAGCUUUCCUCUUACUUCAGAUUAACUACAAAUUCUUUCGGCACCAUUAUCCCUAAGAUUGCCCGUUCUUACAAAACACCACGCCCAGUAACCCUGGAUCUAAAACCAACGGCAGCCCCUGUGAUCAGACUGCAUAAUGGCAGCACUGUUCUGGAGAUUGCUGGUUCUAUGGAGGUGUUGGUAGUCCUGAAGAAUUCAACCACCCAAUCCAUGUUCACCUUGAGCAUAACUGCCAGAACCCAUGCCAGCCUGAAUAUAUUUGAACAGAAACUGAUACCUUCUCUAUGUCUGGACAGUUUCCACCUAUCCUUGACCCACUCCAAUGUUGGCUUCUUCAAGGUUUCACUUUUGAAGAACUUCAUGUCUUACAUUUUACGGAAUGGAGUAAUACCAGCAGCCAAUGGUAAACUGAAGGAAGGACUUCCUCUCUCUAAAAUGGACAGCAUGAUGCUUGUGGAACCUGUUGUUACAGUUCACCAGGUUUUACCCCAGGACGUAUACUGCCAUGGGGGCUGGAUUAAAUUGAUGGGCGGACCAGAUUAG